UGGGCUUUGUCCUUUGAAAAAUCCGUUUUGAAGCGGUAGAACCGUAGAAGACAAGACAGAUUGCCUUUCAGUUUUUAUUUUAGUCUAUGACCAGUCUUUAAGAUUAAAAUAAGCAAUCUUAACUCAACUCUGUAUACGUAUUCCUGUUUUCUUUCUGUAAAAAUCGUAUAAAAUACGAGAGGAAAGAAAGGGAGAAAAAGCAGCGAGCCAAGUUUCUCUGGAUUUCCCCAGAGGAGCCGUUCGGAGUUGUUUGCUGGUGAUGGGCGAUGAUAAAUUAUCUAUUGCAAUGGCGAGUAGAGAUCGAGAGCUUCUCAUACCAGUCGCCGAUGCUGUUGACGAUGACGCCUCUUCCAAACCUUCUUCGUCAUCUGCUGCAUCGUCUCAUCAUUCCGGUAGAGAGGCUUUCUACAAAGUCAUUCGAAGUUGGGCUUCAAAAAAGUUCAUGACUGGAUGUGUUAUUCUAUUUCCUAUAGCAAUCACAUUCUAUAUCACGUGGUGGUUUAUACAUUUUGUGGAUGGCUUUUUCUCUCCAAUAUACGCUCAACUUGGAAUCAACAUAUUCGGUCUUGGGUUUGUAACUUCUAUAACUUUCAUAUUCUUGGUUGGGGUUUUCAUGUCAUCUUGGUUGGGAGCAUCUGUUCUAAGCCUUGGAGAGUGGUUUAUCAAACGGAUGCCUUUUGUUCGACAUAUCUACAAUGCAUCCAAGCAAAUCAGUGCUGCCAUAUCACCUGAUCAGAACUCACAGGCCUUUAAGGAAGUAGCCAUCAUUAGACAUCCACGUGUUGGAGAAUAUGCAUUUGGGUUUAUCACAUCUGCUGUCGUUCUUCAACAUUAUUCGGGAGAAGAGGAGCUGUGCUGUGUGUAUGUCCCUACAAAUCAUCUUUAUAUCGGUGAUAUAUUCCUCAUCAACUCCAAAGAUGUCAUUAGGCCAAACCUGUCCGUGCGUGAAGGAAUUGAGAUCGUUGUUUCUGGAGGCAUGUCAAUGCCUCAGAUCCUGUCAACCGUGGAUUCACGGAUAAUCCAGGUGGACAGAAGUAGAUCAGUGCGCAGCUGAGAACAAAACAACAAAAGAAGUGAUAGGAAAGAGUUGACAGAUUUUUGAAGAUUCCAGUUUGAGGUGUGCUAUCAGAAGUUGAGAACACGACCGACCACGUCAUCUACAUGUGUUAGACUGGAGGGUGAGGAGGGAAUUUGGAUGAUGGAUGGGUUGUUUGUUUGGCCUGGUCGGAAUUGAAUUCUGAUAACAUAUGUGUAACAUUUCUUUUACGGGGGAGUUGGCGAUGAAUCCCAUGUACAUUGUAGAUGAAGUUUGAUUGAUAAAAUACAUGUUGUUGCUGUGGAUAAUUAGGCUUUUGGACACUUUUUUGUAUUUAUUUAUCAUUGGUGGUGUAUGCUCCUCAUCAGUCUCACAUCUCCUUCUUCUUCCA